ACCCCCUAUACGUGUCACUUUGGACAGAACGUUACGACAGAUUCCGUUCAAGAAUCUGGCAGUUACGCGUUGUUCUACUUAUCAGAACAUUUUUACACAUCUUAACCAAUUAUUUUAGGAAAUUCUGGAUUUUGUCAUAGGUGCUCUUCUAUUCGGCAUACUUGCAACCAAAUCAAAAAGCAUAUAUUUUAGCGGAAAUUCUACUUUCUUAACCGCGUCACACUUCUCGUAGGCUUUCACGAGACUCUUUUCCUGGUUGAAGAUUGCAGAGGAAACGGUUGAGGCACUUUUCAAAGUUUUUAUACUAAUGACAAAAUUACGUGUUGGUCUGUUAGAUAUAUGCCGAAUUUGAGAGUAGGUUCAAACGUUUUGCAGGAUAUAUUAAACUUGAGUCUGUCAUGUACGAGCUGGAAAUGGUUUUCUUAGACAUAAAGAGGGGAACUAAAUAAAGUAUGGAUGGUUCGGUGGGACAAGGUGUCAAGGCGAAUGGACCCAUGCCAGCGCAAAACAACCUGGUAAGUUCCACCACGGGCCCGUCUCUGUCUCCAGAAGAGCUGAAAGAAGAGCAGCAGUCAUCACUGACAGAUGUCACCCAGAUGUGGAUUAAAUUUGCCAAAACAUUUGCGCUGAUCUUACCGAUUUACAUCUUGGGAUACUUGGAGUUCAGCUUCAGUUGGGUUCUAAUUGGACUUGCCAUGCUGUUCUAUUGGCGGAGGAACCACGGCAGCAAGGACUACAAGAUAAACCGUGCCUUAGCAUUCCUGGAGCAUGAGGACAAAGCAGUGAAGCAAAGCAUGUCACCCACUGAGAUGCCACCAUGGGUCCAUUAUCCAGAUGUGGAGAGGGUGGAGUGGCUGAAUAAGACGGUGAAGCAGAUGUGGCCGUUCAUCUGCGAGUUUAUGGACAAGCUGUUCAGAGAGACCAUCGAGCCGGCGGUGCAGGGCGCGAACCCUCACCUCAGCUCCUUCUGCUUCGCUAAGAUCGACUUUGGCACCAAGCCGCUGAGAGUGAACGGGGUGAAAGUUUACACAGAGAAUGUGGACAAGAGGCAGGUCAUCAUGGACAUGCAGAUCAGUUUUAUCGGCAACACGGAGAUUGACGUCGACAUCAAGAAAUACUACUGCAGAGCUGGAAUCAAAAGUAUACAGCUUCAUGGAGUGAUGAGAGUGGUGAUGGAGCCUCUGCUAGGGGACAUGCCUCUGAUCGGAGCCCUGUCCAUCUUUUUCCUCAAUAAGCCUAUGCUGGACAUCAAUUGGACAGGGCUCACAAACAUGCUGGACAUUCCCGGUGUCAAUGGUUUGUGCAAUGGCAUCAUUCAGGACAUCAUCUACAGCCAGAUGGUUCUGCCUAACAGCAUCAGAAUCCCUCUGGUGGGACAAGCCGAGUUGGCUAGAAUACGCUUUCCCAUUCCCAAGGCUGUCCUGCGGAUCCACUUCAUUGAGGCCCAAGACCUGGUAAGUAAGGACACGUUCAUGGGUGGACUGAUCAAAGGCAAGUCAGACCCGUAUGGAAUCAUCCACGUCGGGGCCAAACUCUUCAAGAGCAAAGUCAUCCAGGAGAACCUCAACCCAAAAUGGAACGAAGUGUUCGAGGCCCCGAUAUAUGACACAGGAAUGAAUAUGGAGGUCGAGCUGUUUGAUGAAGACACCGAUGAAGACGACUUCCUGGGAAGGCUGCUGCUCGACCUGGACCAGGUCAUGAAGGAACAGAAGGUGGAUGAGUGGUUUAUGCUGGAGGAUGUGACCAAAGGGAAACUGCACCUCAAACUGGAGUGGUUAUCUGUGCUGUCCACCCCUGAGAAGCUGGACCAGGUUUUGACGAACAUCAGAGCUGAACGUGGUCAAGCCAACGACGGCCUGUCAUCUGCGCUGCUCAUCAUCUUCCUGGAUUCAGCCAAAAACCUGCCGCACAAUCCGUUAGAGCUCAACCAGGUGGGGCUGAAGCCGGUCUCGAUCAGUAAAGCCACCAAGUCUGGGAAAAAAGUGACCAGCGACCCCAAUCCUUUUGUCAAUUUCACAGUCGGACACAAGUCCUUCGAGAGCAAGACCAGAUACAAGACUAAUGGACCAGUGUGGGAGGAAGCCUUCACCUUUCUUAUCCACAACCCUAAAGCCCAAGAGUUGCAGGUCGAGGUGAAGGAUGAGAAACACGAAUGUUCACUGGGGACGUUAACGCUGCCUCUCACUCAACUGCUGGAGGCAAAAGACAUGAUGCUGAACCAACGCUUCCCUCUCAAGGGCUCCGGAACGAACUGCACCCUCAAGAUGAAGCUGGCUCUGAGGGUGUUGUGUCUGGAUAAGAACACUUCCUCGCCAUCAGACUCCGCCCCGUCCUCGGUGCAGAUCCGCAAGGCCAGUUCCACCAACCCGCUCCCACGGCCCUUGUUCUCUUCUGGCCCCUAUGUGCCUGCCUCUUCCACCUCCAACAUCCCCCAUUCUGUCUCUGCGUCGACCCAGGAACUGGCAAGCUGGCAGAGGGAGGCCGAGGGGCCUGUUAGGGCUCCAGGAAACAUGGACAUGGGGAAGAGUGGCCUCAGAGGAAAAGGAGGAGGUGGAGGUCAGAGCCUGGCACAGACUGGGAAGAGCACAUCCAACUUGGCCAUCUCGAGCUCCCAGCUGAACCUGGUCGGGGGGAAGGAGGCGACACCAAGCAUCGCGUCGGACAUCUCCAACCCCUACGCCGCUCAGGAGCUGCAGCAAAGACUCCAGCAGCUGCAAAAUGGUUCAGGCCCCAUUCACUUCCCACUGGGGGAGAUCCAGCUGACAGUCCGACACAGCUCUCAGAGGAACAAACUCAUUGUAGUCGUUCAUAGCUGCAGAAACCUGAUCGCAUUCACUGAUCAUGGAUCAGAUCCUUACGUCCGCCUCUACCUGCUUCCUGACAAACGGAGGUCAGGCAGGAGGAAAACUCGCACGUUCAAGAAAAACCUCAACCCGGUGUUCGAUCAGACGUUUGAGUUCAACGUCUCGUUCGUGGAGCUCCACAGACGGACUCUGGAUGUUGCGGUGAAGAACGGUGGAGGUCUGCUCUCCAAACACAAAGGCCUUCUGGGAAAGGUUGUGGUUGAUUUGAUCCAUGAUGACAUCACCAAGGGUUGGACACAAUGGCACGAGCUCAGUGAAGACGGCCUGUCCAAGUCUCACCUGAUGUAGAUGGCAACAAGAAGUCUUUAUCACCAUCAUCAUAUCAUCACACUUCCACUUAACUCCACAGUACGACGUGUUUUUUAUUUUUUUAUUUUCAAUACUUCUAAGUGUAAAAAAGGAAACAGAAAAGCAGCUUUUUGACAUUCAUUUAAUCACAUCAGUCGCAAGCCAAGCCUCCCCUUUAACAAGUGACAGAGAGUGAUUGACUAAAGGGAGUAGAUAUAAAAAGCUAUAUAUGACAAUGUACUGCUAUGGAUUCUAUAGUACAUAUUUAUAGAAGAAAUUAUAAGUCUUUUUGCUGUUGCAGCAGUUUCCUGCCUUGAGCUUCCGUAAAGGAUGACGAUGUACAAGUUUGUAAAUAAUGUACAAUGAUGCUAGAUUCUAGAAAUAGGAGAGAGGACCCUGUGGUCUCUUACUCAGCCAAAUGAUUGUUUCAAAUUUUAUUUUUUUUUUAAAGUGGAAAAACCUUCUGGGCAGACGUAGUGAAGUAGAGUGAGCGGGCACUGGGAAAGAUGCCGUCAAAGAAGUGAGAAGUAUUUCAUUGUUUCACCCUUGUGGGUUUUGGAAACAGAACUGUACACUGGCUUUAUUUCAUUGUGAUCAUUUGUGAAAUAACCAAGUGAAACGAACUGUAAGUACACAAGCACUGUGUUAUGUGUGACGCAAGUGUCAGUUUGCUAACACGGUUCUUUUCCAGCUGUUAGACUGAAAUAAGGCCACUGUGGAGUGUGACCUGUUUUUUAAGAAGAAUAUUUCUGAAUAUUCACACAAGUGUGUUUUUUAUUAUCUGUUGGGGACAAUCUGUGAUCACUGCCUGAAAGCAUUGUCUGUUUUGGCAGGUAAUUUUAUCUCAAAUGUAGAAAAAAAACCCAUCUGUUUUUCAACAUCAAAAUUUGGAAAAAAAAAAAGUGCCAAUCUUCAAGAGACCCAAACUUUUUAAAGGAAUAGUUUGACAUGUCUGACCAACAGUUAAGCAGAAGAUGUUAAUGAGAAGAUACAACUCUUAAAGGGAGUUGCUGUAUGUGCCGGACUGUUUCUUGGUGAAAAAGACUCCACAAAAUCCCUUCAUCCAAGCCAGAAACAGUUUGCGACAUGUUCCUAGUAAACAACAGCUUGGCGUUGUUUUACACUUCAGUAUAAAUGGCUGAGAUAUAACAUGUUGACCAGUAAUGACAUUUGGCACAUUUGUAGUAGUUCCAUGUUUCUAGUCUUUAUGCUAAGCUGUCUCCCGGCUUUGUAUUUAGCAGUCUGUUAUUGUAUCUUCUCAUCCAGCUACUGGGAAGAUGCUACAUGAGUGUAUAUUUCCCAAAAUGUUGAACUAUUCCUUUAAGAUAAUUCCUGCCUCAAACUGAACUAAAAUGAAAAAAAAAAUCAGAUUAUCACCCACAUUUUAUUUCAUUUAUCUAAAGCCACUAUGUGUAGAUGUUUAAACUUCUGCACCUUGAUGCCCUCCAGUGGUAGCAUUAACAAACCCACUGUGGUUAUGUACUGUAAAUUCUCAGAUAGUGACCUGACUUUUAUUUUGUGAGAUGGACCUUCAUCCGUAAUUUUCCCUGUUUCUCAGAUAAUGCAGACUCUACACUUCCUUCAUGUAUAGCAGUUGAUAGAUUGUGUCUAGUGUACUUUCCUUCUGCACUUCAGAAAUUACUGUUAAGCCACCUUCAGGAAAACUCAGCAGUUCCUGCCCAUUUUUCCACUUUAUCAGUAGGCUUAAAAAGUGAAAAACUAGAAGGAAUCAGCUUUAGUCUUAACUUGCCAUUUAGUGUCAUUUUCAACACUGUGACCCAAAAUGUGCAACGUCUGACGCUAGACCAUAGACCAGUGUAGAAAAUGAUGCCGACAACUUUGGUGUACACACACUUGUUUGUAUGUACAUCUCAUAAUCACUGCUUUGACUCUUCUGCUCAGAAGGGGUUUAUAUGAGGAGCAAAUGCGCAGGUGACACAGUUCUUGGUUUUAAAUGCAUUUGUUUCCUACACAGCCAAAGAGCAUCAUGUUUUGUGUUGAUGUGGAGGUGGCUAGUGUCACCUUUGACCUUUAAAACACAAAAUACAGACCUUUGUUGUUGUCACCUCAAAUAUCAAAGUAUUUUAUAUAUAUGUAUGUAAACUGUGCUAUUCUGCAUUUUAUGUCCUUUAUUGUUUUUUAUUUGUGUUGUCAGAUCUCCUUAGUUUUGUUUUAUUUUGUAAGAAACAAAUUGUGUCUGUGAGCCACUGGAUUCGAAAGCUAUGCCUCUGGAGUCGAGUCAGUCUUCUCCGUCCUCUUAAUUUAUCUUGUGCCUUAAAAUUCAUAUGGCCCACAUAUUUACAUGUAUAAAGAGAACCAACAAAGCAGUUUUCCAUGUUUCAGAAUGUCUCCUAAACAAAUAAAGAGCUUUAGCUGGAUAUAGCAGCAUGAAGCUGUACAGCACUGGUUGCUGGCCCUUCUUUUAUAUUUAUCACUGCACAGGGUUUCAUCACGUUCAUCAUCAUCUUUAGACAGGUUUUAAGUGAAAGUUUUGGGCAACAAACAUAGUGUUGUUGUUCAGAAUGUACAGUCUAGCUGGCGAAACACACCAGAGGACAGGCAGUCACACUGUUGGAACAGACACUUAAAAAACCAAAACCACAAAAUCAUGCAGCAAUUAUGUGCUUGUGGUGUGUUUGCUGUGUGUGCACCUUGUCCCUGUGCUGAGUGCAAACAUUGGCAAAACCGCACAGUUUACCUGCAGCCUGAUAAGGUCUCUGAUUGCUCCUUCAGCUGGAAUAUUUGGACAAAUCAGACUCCAACCCACUUUGAUUGCUUCUUGAUAUUGGUGUCAAGACAACACACACACACACAC